AUGGCGUCACCCUUCCGUUAUACACACGCAAUCACUGCCAGAAUUCCAUUAUCGUUAAGAACACGUGGAGAAAUCGAUCUGGAAGAGGCCAAACUGCAGCAUGAAAGCUAUGUGAAAAUGCUACGUGAUCUGGGACUGGAUGUGAUAGAACUGCCACCGGAUGAAAAUCUACCUGAAUGUCCGUUCGUCGAAGACUGUGCCGUAGUUUGUAAUGGAAUAGCAUUAAUUUGUCGACCCGGCGAUCCCCAUCGGAUUCAGGAAGUCGAAGCUGUACGGGCUGUACUAAAGAAGGAACUGGAUCUUCCCCUAGCCGAAAUAGCCGAUCCGAACGCUAGACUGGACGGUGGCGAUGUACUCUUUACUGGGCGUGAAUUUUUCGUUGGUCUCAGUAAGUGGACCAAUGAAGCGGGUGCCCGUGCAGUGGCGGCCGCCUUUCCCGAGUAUCCUUGCGUGCCGAUAAAGGUCUCCGAACACCAUCAUCUCAAGUAUUAUGUGUCCAUGGGUGGGCCAGACGUUCUCUGUGUUAGCCGCAGCAAGGAAUCGCAAGAGAUCUUGAAACGGAUCGAAAGAGAAGCUACUUUCACAUACCACACGCUGACACUGCAGGAAGAGUCAGCGGCUAAUGUUCUGUACAUCAAUGGCACGCUUGUUACAAGAUCCGUCGAUGAAAUUCCAAUAUCAACGCAGAUUUUAUCGCAGAAAAUCGACAAUCCACGCCAGAUGCUGUACAUGUCCGAACUGGGCAAGUUUUCCAAUGGGCUUACUGCUUGCUCCAUUCUGGUGAAACGUUCCAAGCACAUUAAAAGUCUGUAA